CUGCAGCUUCAAAACCUACUAGACCACUCUGCAACAUGUCCGGCGUAGCUCCUUCCUUCACCAGCGCGCACAGGCUCUACGUUAAAUCGUUGUACAAGCGAUCUCUCGUCAACUCGCUCAAUUGGUACAUCAGGCGAGAUCUUUGGAGGAACAAGGCGAUCGAGAUCAGGGCCGAGUUUGAGAGAAACCGCAAUGUGACCGAUCCUCGAGCCCUGGCUACCCUCUUCGAAAAAGCAGAGGCCGAGCUGCAACGAACUCAACACCCGGAUCCUUACCGACCGCCCCUCUACCCGGACGGAACCAAGUGGGAACGAAACUUGCCCCCCCCCAUGUUCUCCGCUGCGGAAAAGGAGGCUGCGACGUCGGCUCAUUAAGCGAUCGCUUCAGCGGGAAGUAUGCGAGUUGAGGGGUAUGGUAGGGCUAAGGCUGGGAAUAGAUUGUCCAAGGUCGGCGGUGGAUGUAAAAUAGAAACCUAUAUUGUUUCGAUAUCAGGAAGAAGAAUAUCGGACUCGAUUCGAGUGCGGGAGCUUGCUUCCGGGUGAAACGGCGUUAGAUCACGCUUGCGUCGUAGUUGAGGCAUUAAGAUGUAUUCUUU